UCAUUUCAAAACAAAAGCUGUCUCUGCCGUGCAGGUAACAUGAAACAACAGACUUGCCCUACAGACACUUCAAGGUGUAAACCACAUGAAUCCAAGAAGUUCUUAAGUAUCAAAACUCCAUCCUUUUACAGUUGAGAAUGGAUCAAUAUAUAAUCAGAACUCCAUAUGAACAAUGAACACAAACUCAGCUCAAUUCUCAAUUAGAAAAGGGCCAUGGAAGCAUAUAAAACGAUUUGGAACAUGGGUUUAACGUCCCUGAUUCUCUGGAUUGUCUGCACACCCUCAAUGGCAUCCAUGGCAACGGACAGCCCCUCCAAUGGCUUACAAGACAGGUACAAGAAAUGGAUGAAUAAACACAGCCGAGAGUACAAGAGCAGAGAGGAGCAGGAACGGAGAUUCACAGUUUAUCAGCUGAAUGUUCAGUACAUUGACAACUUCAAUUCACUGAAUCAUUCAUAUACUCUUGCUGAAAAUAGCUUUGCAGACCUCACAAAUGAUGAGUUUAAGACAACUUAUUUGGGGUAUCAAACUCAUUGCCUGCCUGAUACAUGCUUUAGAUAUGAUCAUGUUAUUAGCUUGCCUACUCAUGUUGACUGGAGAAUGGAAGAUGCUGUUACUCCGGUAAAGGAUCAAGGCCAAUGCGGGAGUUGCUGGGCAUUCUCUGCAGUAGCAGCAGUGGAAGGCAUCCACAAAAUAAGAACAGGAAAGUUAGAGUCUUUAUCAGAGCAAGAGCUUGUGGACUGUGAUAUCAUCUCAGGGAACCAGGGCUGCGAUGGCGGAUUCAUGAACAAAGCGUUUGAGUACAUCAAGAGAAGUGGUCUGACAACAGAGAGAGAAUAUCCAUACAGAGGAAUUGAAGCUUUUUGCAACACACAAAAAGUGAGAUACCACUCUGUGACAAUAAGUGGGUAUGAAAAAGUACCUACGAAUAACGAGAAGAAAUUGAAAGCUGCUGUUGCCCAUCAGCCAGUUUCUGUAGCCAUUGAUGCAGGGGGAUAUGACUUUCAAUUCUAUUCUAGUGGUAUCUUCUCAGGUAGCUGUGGGAAGCAGCUCAAUCAUGGAGUGGCAAUCGUUGGGUAUGGGGAAGUUGGGGAUAAUACUUACUGGCUUGUCAAGAACUCGUGGGGGACUGAGUGGGGUGAAUCUGGGUACAUAAGGAUGAAGCGUGAUUCGAUUGAUAAGCGAGGUGCCUGUGGCAUAGCCAUGGAGGCUAGCUACCCGACCAAAGACUGAGCAUGUUCACAAGGGAAGAACUUAAGUUUAAAGAUUAUAAAUUAUAUGCAGAUGUUUGUUCAUAUCCAGUAGAUUAGAUUAUGCAGUGAUGUAAUAAGAAUUAUUAAAGGGUUUGUGAUAAAGAACAGAAGGGAUUCAAACAGAACAAAAUAAAUUUACACACUUUAAGA